UCAAAAGUGAGUGUCAAGCCGUGAUGUGUACCAGUAGUGAUUCAUACCCUUCUGGUUCUGUCCGAGUCACACUUGAGGAUGCCGAACUCUGGAAACGGUUUCAUGAAGCAUCUACAGAGAUGAUAAUUACCAAAGUUGGCAGGCGCAUGUUUCCACAGUGUAAGAUCAACAUAUCUGGUUUAAUGCCCUAUGCUAAAUAUGUCCUCUUGGUUGAUGUGCUUCCUGUAGACAACAAUAGAUAUAAGUGGAAUAAAGAUAAGUGGGAUGUGGCAGGAAAAGCUGAACCCCAGCUGCCAUGCCGGACGUACUUCCAUCCCGAUUCACCAGCUCCGGGCAGCCACUGGAUGAAACAGCCUGUAUCCUUCCAGAAACUCAAACUCACAAACAACACCCUGGACCAACAUGGGCAUAUCAUUCUGCAUUCCAUGCAUCGUUAUCAGCCUCGGUUCCAUAUCGUUCAGGCGGAUGACUUGUUCAGUGUACGCUGGAGCGUGUUCCAAACAUUCUCAUUUCACGAGACGGCUUUUACUGCAGUCACUGCAUAUCAGAAUGACAAGAUUAAAAAACUGAAGAUUGACAACAAUCCUUUUGCAAAAGGCUUCCGAGAGCAUGGGUCACAUGCUAGCAGGGGCAGAUCUGAUUCUCUGGAGUCCUGCACAGCAACGUCUCAAAAAAGGAAACGUUUAAAUGAAGACGGUGUGGAACAAGAACACACAGAAGCAUCAAAGUCCAAGUUUUUGGCUGAGGAAUGCCAUGCAGAGAUAGUUUGUAAAGUGGAGAAGAGCAGUCCUGUUUCAGUGGGCAGAUAUUCUCCAUGGACAUCAGAACAUGAAGGGUCUCAGGGUUUGCACCUGGAUUCCCCAAUCUCCUUGGAACAGAAGGAAGCAUACAAUACAGAACAACAAGUUCCCACACCUUCCUCAUCCUAUCAAGCUUACAGGUUGCAGGGAUUAAGCAGAGCCUCAAACAGUGAGUCCACUGGCAGCGACUGUCGAGAGCAAGUUUCAGACAUUGCUAUGGUGCCUGAACAGACAACAAAGCCUGUUGCACAGAACGAUGCUAAUCCUUCUGCCUCACAGAACUACCUUGGAGCAAUCAAUGUAGCCAUGGGAAAACCUGGGGCUGUGGGUCAUGUAUACAAUGCAUAUGGCACAGAACAAGGAUUAAACCAAUGGCCAACAGCUUCUCAUAGCCAGUACACUUCAGCAGGCUACAAUUCUCUUCCAGCAGACUACAGUAUCCAGAAUGUAGCAUCAUAUCCCCCCCACAGUAGCGUGGCAGACUGGAGCCAGUAUCCUCUCUUCUCUUACUCUUGCUGGUAACAGAGAAAUGAACAAUAAUACUAAACACAGCUAUGCAUUUAUUUCCUGACCAACUAAUUUACAGCCAAAAGACUUUUAUUAGAGCGAUGGCAGCUCUGACUAAUCAGAGCAGGACAGACAGAGCAGGAAGGUGCAAACGUACAUGGACUUUGUGAAAUCCAAAGAAAAAUAAUAAAUAUUUCUCUCAACAGUAUUGACAUACAUGUGGAAUCUAAUGUUCUGUGGCAACAUAUGAUCAUCAUAGGAAUGAAUAUCCCAUUUCUCAUUGUUACAGCGAAUAUUGUUUUUGCAUGCGCAGUGUAUUCAGAAGGAAUGUUUUCUA